AUGCUGUAAAAUCGGUUGCUUUUUUUUUAAUCGCUAUUCAAGCGAUAAGGUGCUGAUUUCGUUCUCUUUUUCUCUUGCACGAAGAUCGGUGUUUUGUGAAACGUCAAAAUGAUGAAAAACAUUUGGACAUCCGUGAGCUUCAUCUUGGUACUCGUUCUCGAAUCAGCGUUGAGCCAAAAUGCCUGCAGGACGCCAAAUCGACGGGACGGCCGCUGCAUACCGCGUACCGAAUGUCGCAGCUUUAUGCAAUACUUUUUCCCGGACCGUAUCCUGACGGCAGACGAACUAACCUUUCUGCAGUUAUCGCGCUGCAACGAGAGCCCACCGAUGAUUUGCUGCCCAGAUCGGGCUCAAACCAGCGCGACGGAAGCGACGGUUCAGUCCGAUUUCAGCGGUCUUUUGCCGGAUCCGAAACGGUUCGAAUGCGGGCUGGACAUCCUGACCGAUAAGAUCUACGGCGGGGAAGACACUCUGCUGGAGGAGUUUCCGUGGUACGCACUGCUCGAAUACGUCAGCAAGAAGAACGAGCGGAUGUUUCAGUGCGGCGGUUCGCUGAUCAGCAAGCGUUACGUACUGACGGCGGCACACUGUCUGGAUAAUACGAAACUGGAUGAUGGCGAACGAUUCGUCAACGUUCGACUGGGUGAGUAUAAUACCGAAACAGUGGAUGACUGCCAAGGGACAGGUGAAGAUCGAAUCUGUUCGGAUCCACCGCAGAACUUUGGAAUCGAAGAGAUUAUCGUCCAUCCUCGGUACUCCAAAGCAGACACCAAUCAGCAUGAUGACAUUGCCCUAGUUCGGUUGGAUCGGGAUGCGGUAAUGAACACUUACGUGACGCCAAUUUGUCUUCCGGAAGCGGACUUCACAGCGACCCGUGCAGGAACAAAUGUUACGAUUGUUGGUUUUGGACAUACCGGAAGGAAACGUCAUAGUGGCGUGAAGCAGAAAGCGGAUGUCCCGAUCGUGGAUCAAAACCAAUGCCAGACAAAGUGGGGCAAGCGUGUAUUGGUGGGCAAUGGUCAGUUGUGCGCCGGAGGCCACUUCAACAUCGACUCCUGUCAUGGCGAUUCCGGUGGCCCACUAAUGACCCAGCGACUCUACUGGACCCUCGAAGGGAUUGUUUCCUUUGGCAAUCGCUGCGGUCUCGAAGGAUGGCCUGGAAUGUACACACGAGUAGCGAGCUAUACCGACUGGAUCAAGAGUGCAAUAAGAGCGUGAGCCAUGCGGGGUUACCUACUGAUCUGGAAAAUCCCCGCAAACCAGAUCAUGUAAAUAA